AUGAGGAACUUCGUUUACCGGUACAAAAGCAAGGGUCUCGCCAAGAUGGUUUGUGAGGCUGCAUUCUCUUUCCGGCGCUCUGAUUUUGAUGCUAACUUUGCCAAAAUUAAACAAGCUAGUGCACCCUGCUUCAAAUACCUUGAAGACAUUGGCACUGCAAAAUGGUCACAGACUUACUUUCCUGGAAAUCGGUACAAUCUCCUCACCAGCAACGUUGUUGAGCAGUUGAACAAGGCUAUUUCCAAAUCCAGAGCCUCUCCCACCGUUGAGAUGUUCAUGUUCAUCCAACGCAUGCUCACUCGGUGGUUCUCAGCAAGGAGGACAAAAUCAGCAAAACACAGGGGUUUUGUCACCCCCGAGGUCGAUAAAGUCAUGCAGACUCAUAUCAGACUCACCAAAGGCAGCAAGAUUUAUCCAGCCAAAGAAUGGACCUACUCGGUUAGGGGUCUUUUUGGUCACCCUAACACUGUCCACCUCGAUACUAAAGCCUGUACAUGUCAAGUGUUCCAAAAGCUAAAAAUACCAUGCGGACAUGCUAUGUUGGCUGCUGAUUCUAUCGGUCUCCCAUACACCCAAUUAGUGGGUGAUUGCUACAAAACACAGCACUAG